AGACACAAUGAUCAUACUAAAUUUCUUCUAAACUCAUAUAUUUAUCCCUCCUUGUUGGCGGGCCGGCAUAUUUCAUAGUUUUGAUUUAAAUUUACAUAGCUUGCUUGUGGGAUUUUCAUGAUGUUUCAGGUUUAUAAGCGCUUUGUCCCUGAGGUAGCAGUGGGAUAUGAGGAUCCCAGAGUGCAAGUACACAUAUCAAAUGGAGUUGAGUUCAUGAAGAAUGUUCCUCAAGGCACAUAUGAUGCCAUCAUGCUUGAUGCUUUCCAAAACAUGGGUACUACAUCAACAGAACUUACUGACAUCUUCUUGGAAUCGGUUGCAAGGGCUCUUCGCCCUGGCGAUGUUAUGUCUACCCCGGCAGACAGCUUCUAGCAUAAAGACUUUGUUCACUGUGCAGAUACCAUAGCAAACUGCCGCAAAAUAUUUAAGGGCUCUGUUAAUUAUGCCUGGACAACAAGGCACGAGGUCCUUUGCAAUUAGAACUUCGCUGGUUACUUUAUACUAUUGCUGAUGCAUUUCAUGGUGAAUCUCUUUUUCAGUGGGAU